GACGGCCUGGUUGAGAGGGCAAACGCCCGGACGCACUCGCCGUGGACCGUGUGGUGCCGCCGACCGCUCUGCCCCCUCCUCCGCCUGCCCACUACUACCUCGUAGCCGGCCACGGCGAAGCUCCCCCAGUCUAGGGGGUUUCCGCGCCUUUCUUUCCCUGCCUCCCAUGGCGCCUCCCCUCCUCCUCCGCAUCCUCUUCCUCCUCGCAAUCACCGCCGCCGCGUCGGCAGCAGCGCGGCGAGAGGCGUUCCGUCGGGACCCCGGGCACGAGCACUGGCACCACGGCGCCUUCCACGACGUCGAGGAAAGCGUCCGCGCCGACGUCCGCCGCAUGCUCCACACCCGCGCAGAGGUUCCAUUUCAAGUGCCCCUCGAGGUUAAUGUUGUUCUGAUUGGUUUCAACGGUGAUGGGGGGUAUAGAUACCCUUUGGAUGGGCACAAGCUUGAGCAAUUCCUAAAGAUGAGCUUUCCACUCCAUAGGCCCUCUUGUUUCGAGACAGGGGAGCCAAUUGAUAUUGAGCACCAUAUCAUGUAUAAUGUCAUAGCGGCUGGACAACCAGAGCUUAUUUCUCUUGAGAAGUCACUGAAGGAGGCUAUGGUUUCUGCAGGAACCGCGAGAGAGAGUGAAUAUGGUAGGGAAUUCCCCCUCUUUGAGGUAGAAGCAACUGUAGUAGAACCUAUAUUCGAGAGGCUAUACUCAUUUAUUUUUGAUAUGGAGCCUGGUCGUUCUGCAACUGAGAUGGAUAGGCCUGUACCUGUUGCAAUAUUUGUUGUUAAUUUUGAUAAGGUCAGAAUGGAUCCUCGGAACAAAGGAGUUGAUCUUGACAGUUUAAUGUACAGUAAAAUUAGUGGACUGACAGAACAAGAGCUAAAAAAGCAAGAAGCGGAUUACAUCUACCGUUACCGGUACAAUGGAGGUGGAGCAACUCAAGUUUGGCUGAGUUCUGGAAGAUUUGUUGUAAUAGAUCUGUCAGCAGGCCCUUGUACAUAUGGGAAAAUAGAAACAGAAGAAGGCAGUGUUAGUUAUAGGUCAAUGCCGCGGCUGUCAAAUUUAAUCUUCCCAAGAGGACUUGCUGCUCCAAGUGCCAGUUCAACACAAGAUAUUUUUGUUGGGCAGCUUGCAGGUUUAAUUUCAACUACCAUUGAGCAUGUAAUAGCUCCUGAUAUCAGACUAGAUAAUUGCCUGUGCGUUGCAACAGGGGCACAAAUAUUUAUACGCAAUCACCGUGAUUUACCUGCCAUUUAUUGUCAAGUAAGACGUGGGACAUGCGGGCAGCUGAGGUGGUUUAAAAAAAAGGUGGGAAAAAGGCAAAACCGGAAACGGAGGUUUGAAACUGUUGACAUGACAUUGAGGUUGCUUGUACCUAUCAUUGUGCUACAGAACCACAAUAGGUACAAUAUUCUUCAAGCCGGACACAACAACAGUAUAGAUGUUAAAGCUAUUGAAAGAGAGGUAAAAAAGAUGGUCCAUGCUGGGCAGGAGGUUAUAGUAAUUUCUGGUUCGCAUGCACUGCAUGAGCACGAAAAGUUAGCUGUUGCAGUCUCAAAAGCAAUGCGUAGUCAUUCUCUUCAUGAAACAAAGAGUGAUGGUCGAUUUCACGUCCGUACGAAAACAUACUUGGAUGGAGCAAUACUCAAAGAGGAAAUGGAACGUUCUGCCGAUGUGCUGUCGGCUGGUUUAUUGGAAGUCUCGGAUCCUUCCCUCUCAAGUAGAUUCUUCCUGAAGCAGCAUUGGAUGGAUGAGCAAGAUAAUGUACAAGAUUCUAUCAAGCACAAGCCUAUUUGGGAAUCUUACAUGCCCAGAAAUAAGAAAGAAAAACGAGGAGCUGGAAAAAAGAAACAUGGAGCCAUGUACAGAACUUAUGGAACCAGAGUAAUUCCAGUCUUUGUAUUAUCAUUGGCUGAUUUUGAUCCUGAGCUUAUGAUGGAAGAGGAAAGCCUUGUUUGGACAAGUAAAGAUGUUGUCAUUGUAUUGGAGCAUAACAAUAAAAUGAUUCCUCUAAGCUACGUGUCAGAAACAACUAGGCAGUUUGCGUAUCCAUCUCUAGCACAGCGUCACAUCUUGGCUGGUUUGGCUUCUGCAGUUGGAGGUUUGAGUGCACCGUAUGAACGGGCAUCACGUAUCCAUGAAAGACCAAUUGUGAACUGGCUAUGGUCUGCUGGAUGUCAUCCUUUUGGACCAUUCUCAAACUCCUCUCAGAUCAGUCAAAUCCUUCAGGACGUUGCACUGAGAACUACAAUCUAUGCCCGGGUUGAUGCAGCUCUUCGCAAAAUAAGGGACACAUCAGAGUCCGUUCAAUCAUUUGCGUCAGAUCAUCUUAAGACGCCAUUAGGAGAACCUGUCAAAGGUAAUACAAACAAGUCUAGCACUGAGUUAUGGGUAGAGAAAUUCUAUAAGAAGGUGACAACGAUGCCGGAGCCUUUCCCCCAUGGUCUUGUUGAACGUUUGGAAGAGUACCUGGAUAGGCUUGAGGAACAACUUGUGGAUCUAUCUUCAUUGCUCUACGACCAUCGUCUGGUUGAUGCUUCUCAAAACAGUUCCGACAUCCUGCAGAGCACUAUAUUUACCGAACAGUAUGUAGGACGUGUUUUGUCUGCGGAGAGAGACAAGAUGAAGUGCUGCAGCAUUGAAUAUAGUCACCCGAAACAGUCAUCCCAGGCUUUUGUCUAUGGAGGGAUCCUUGUGGCUGGAUUUCUUGUCUACUCAUUGGUUAUUUUCUUCUCUUCACCAGUUCGAUAACUCGCUCAACAACUUGAUGAAGGCAGUUAAGGAUUUUCUCCAUGGUGACAAGAUGGUAAGCUGGGGGGUAUGUCAAGGACGACGUCUGGAUGAGGCCAUGAACUAAUGUUGUGUGGUAUUAUUUAGGGCUUGUGUCUUCAAAAAGAAAAGAAAAAAGUUAGGGGUUAUGUUGGAUUGUAGCACAAUUUUGUCUAUGAGACUGUCAUUUUUCAGUACUUGAGCUGUAGGAAUCUCCAUGGCAUGUAUUCCCUCCGUCCCAAAUAAGUGACUCAACUUUAUACUAAACUUAAUAUAAAAUUAAAUCAUUUAUUUUGAGACGGAGGGAGUAGUAGUGAGCUAAACGCUCUUAUAUUUCUUUAUGAAGGGAGUACUACCGUAUCAAAAUGUAAGGUGUUUUGAUCACUCCCUUUUGCAACUUACUACUAUGUGAUCCUCUAUUUCUAAAUAGCUGCCUUCCAUUAUAAAA